AUGUUUGCUGAUGACACUGUCCUGUUGACUGGCAGUAACUCUUCUGAGCUCUUAGAUAUUAACACCUAUAUUUCAGUGAGCAUGGCACAACAGUACUGUGAUAGCAAUGAUCUUGUUUUUAACUCCUCUAAGACAAAACUCCUAGCACUGGGAAGGCUGAAAGAUGAGUUGACUGAGCCUCCAGACUUACAACGGGUUGGGACAACCAAACAUUUGGGUGUUAUACUGGACGAAUGUCUUUCCUGGAAAGAUCAUGUGGAUCAGUUAUGCUCUAGACUCAAUUCUGCAGUUUUUGUAUUGAAGAGAAUCAAGGCAGUAGCCACAUCAACUGCAACAAAAACUGCAUAUCAUGCCAUCUUUGAAUCCCACCUUCGUUAUGGGAUAAUCCUCUGGGGAGGCUCUACAAUUGACAACCUUGAACGAGUCCUUAUUGCACAGAAGCGUGCUGUUCGGGUCAUGGCUGGUCUUCAACCUCGGGAUAGCUGUAGAGAAGCCUUCAAGUCUCUUGGAAUUCUCACAGUGGUGUCCAUCUACAUCAUUGAGGUCAUCAAUCACGCAGCCUCACGUGGGAACUUGCCCAGAAUGAGUGCUGUCCAUGAUCAUCACACGCGACAUGGUAAUGACUUCUCCCUACCGAUACACAGGACAGCACUUUUCUCCAAGAAACCUUGCUACGCUGGGGCAAAGCUGUUCAACUUACUUCCUCAAGACUUCAAAAAUUGUGACACCAAAACCUUAAAAAGAAGACUGCUAAAUUGGCUCAAAGACAGAUCCAUCUACACCCUUGACGAGUUCAAGACUUCAAUAAACAGUUUUCAUUAA